AUGAGUUCUACUACCAAUCUCUAUGGCUAUUUAACACAUAAUAUAUCAUUUAAAAUGUUUUUAAAUAAUACCGAUAAUGACAAUGAUGACGAUGACGAUGAUGAUGAUAAUGAUCAAUUAAUGGCAAUAAGUCCAAUAACAAUGACAAGUUCAGAUAGUAGUGAUAGUGCUAUUGUCUCCGAUGAAAUAGAUGAUAUUGAUUUAAUAAAUGAAAAUAAAUCAAUACAUCAUAAUUCAUGGUCUAAAAUAUUGAAAAACCCUAAUGAAUCAAUAUCGACACCAUUUGCAUCACUAUCACAAUCAUUUGAUAUUUUAAAUCAUCUUGAACAACAAGCUAUUUAUGAAAAUAUAUCAAAUAAUAAUCAACAAAAAUAUAAACGUCCUUUACCAUGGUUCAAUUCGACAUUAACAAGCCAUCAUUCUUCUUCUUCUUCUUCUUCUCCAUCUCCAUCUCAUACUUCCUUUCUUGAAUUAACAACGAAUAAGGAUUAUGUUUCACUUGUUCGUGAACUUGCUCAAUUACGAGAACAAUUGACAGAAAAAGAAGAUGAAGUUACUGAGCUUAAAGCUGAGCGUAAUAAUACACGAUUACUUCUUGAACAUUUGGAACAACUUGUUGCUCGACAUGAACGAUCAAUACGAACAACAGUUAUGCGUAGACAAGCGCAAGGUGUUUCAUCUGAAGUUGAAGUACUUAAAGCACUUAAAUCUUUAUUUGAACAUCAUAAAGCAUUAGAUGAAAAAGUUCGUGAACGUCUUAAAGUUGAAAUUGAAAAAAAUACGCAACUCAAAGAUGAAGUAGAGCGAACAAAGAAUGAAUUGGCCGGUGUUCGUGAAACACAACAAGCAAAAGUGAUCGAUGUCAAUCAAUUAAAAACAAUGUCAAAUGGUACAAUUGAUCCUGAUUCCUUAACUGGUAAACUAAUUGAAAUGCAAGAAUUGAUGGAUAAUCAAUGUAAUGAAUUAAUAUCUUGUCGUGCACGUGUACAUGAAUUAAUGAAUCGUAAUAAAGAAUUAGAAGAACGUGCAUGUUUAUUUCAACGUGAUUUAUCUCAUUCACACGAACAAAUAAAUAAAUAUCAACGUGAUUUAAAAGAAUCUCAAGCACAAAAAGAAGAUCAAGAAGAACGAAUAUCAACAUUAGAAAAACGCUAUUUAAAUAUACAAAAAGAAACAACGCAUUUAACUGAAUUUAAUAGUCGAUUAGAAAAUGAAUUAGCUACAAAAGAAACUCAACUUAUGCAUGCUGAAGAAAAAUAUCAAGCUUUACAAGAUAAAUAUGAUUUAUUAGAACAAAAACUUCAAUCUCAAGCUGAACUUGAUUCAUCAAUCAAACAAAAUGGUAUUACAAUACCUAAUAAUAAUGCUCUUAAUGGAUCUUCUUUACAAACAUAUUCGAACAGUCCAAAUACUGAUGAUAAAUUACAUCAACUUCAAAGUGAAUAUGAUGACCUUAAAAUGGAAUUAACACGAGCUCGUCAACGUGAAAAAGUAACCGAUGAACAUAAUACACGUUUAUCAGCAACAGUUGAUAAAUUACUUGCUGAAUCAAAUGAACGUUUACAAAUACAAUUACGUGAACGAAUGCAAACAUUAGAAGAAAAAAAUCAUCUUGUACACGAAAGUGAAAAACUUAAAAAACAAUUAGAAGAAAUACAAAAUGAACGAACAAAAUUACUUGAAGAAGUUGAUAAACUUAAAACUGAACUUGAAAAUGUUCGAAAAGAAUUACAACGUUUACAACAACAACAACAACAACAACAGCAACAGAAAAUUGAAUCGAUUCAAACUCAAAAUCCUCCAACAAAUGAUUUUGUCACAAGUACAACUGAUUCAUUAAAUCGACGGUCACCAUCAACACGAGUUGUUAAAACAACUCCAACAGUAACUGAUCAUAUUUUUAAAACAUCUGAAGCUGAUUGGGAUACAAUUGAUCAAGCUCAAGUUAUAAAUGAUGUUCGUCUAGCAUUUGAAUCAUCUGAUGUUGAAUUAACGACUGAUGAUGAAGAUUCUUUAUAUCAUCAUCCGGUGACAAUUAAUAAUGGAACAAUACCACAACAAUCAACACAUAAUGAUGCACAAACAUUAGCACUUGUUUUACAAGAACAACUUGAUGCUAUUAAUAAUGAAAUACGUAUGAUACAAGCAGAGAAAGUCGAUGCUGAAUUACGUGCUGAAGAACUUGAAUCGCGUGUUGUUGGAAAUGCUGUUUAUCAUUUAGCUGAUGACGAUGAGGAUGAUGAUGAUAAUGAUAAUGAUAAUGAUACUGAAUUAAAUCAUCAUCAUCAUAGACAUCAUCCUCCCCAAGGAAUACCAAAUGGUACUCUUGGACAUUAUCAAUCACAUAUAUCACAACGUUAUUUAAGAAAUUCAUCACCACCAACAACAACAUUAAAUACAAAUACGACUUAUACAGGACGAUUAACACCACACACAACAGCAGGAAAAGCAUAUAAAUUUAAUACAGCACCACCUGGCAUAUCCCCGGCAAAUUUAUAUUCAUACAAUUUAGGUUCGGAUUCAAUAGGUAUUAAUGAAUAUGAUCAUACAUUACAUCAUCAAUCUCCGCGUACAUAUCGUAAUGAUUAUGGACCUACAACACGUUAUUUAAAAUGUGAAUCAAGUCCACCAGUAACACCACCUCGAGUUACAACAAACAUUCGAACAGCUACACCUCAUCAUGUUUAUCAUUCAUCAUCAAGUAUUCAAAAUCAGUACAGAAUAAAUACAAAUACAUCAAGAACAAAUACACAACAUAUUGAUGAUAAUACUAGGCAUUAUUACCCAAAUCCGUCCAUAGUUCAACCAACAUCUUUAUCAUCAAUAGCUCAUCAAGAUUCUCCUAGUCCAAUAAGUUCUCAAAAUUCAACAUCAGGUGACGAGAAUAGUUUGUAUGCAAGAAGUCAACAUCAACAACAAAAAAAGAAAGGUAUACGUAAUUCUCUUGGACGACUAUUUACACGUAAACCUGGUUCAAUUGAUAAUAAACCAGUACAUGAAAGUAUUCAUCAACCUGUUUCAUCUUAUCAACAACAUUAUCCAUCACCUUAUAUAAAUCGUGCAUCAUCUGUACCUGCAGAUGGUAGUGGACAUAAUGAAAUGAAUGAAUCUACUACUGGUACAUUACUUAGUUUAGGUAAAACAGAAUUUGAUCGACGUAUAAAAAAGAAACAAGAAUUACUUGAAGAUGCUAUACAAAAUAAUCGUCCAUUUUCAACAUGGGAUGGUGCAACUGUUGUUGCUUGGCUUGAAUUAUGGGUUAAAAUGCCAGCAUGGUAUGUUGCUGCAUGUCGUGCAAAUGUCAAAUCAGGUGCAAUUAUGUCUGAAUUAAAUGAAGAAGAAAUUCAACGACAAAUUGGUAUUAGUAAUCCAUUACAUCGACUUAAGCUUCGUUUAGCUAUACAAGAAAUAUUAAAUUUAACAUUACCAGAUGGACCACGAACAUCAGUUACUUCAUUAGCAUUUGGUGAAAUGGAUCAUGAAUGGAUUGGAAAUGAAUGGUUACCAAGUCUUGGUUUACCACAAUAUCGAUCAUAUUUUAUGGAAUGUCUUGUUGAUGCACGUAUGCUUGAACAUUUAAAUAAAAAAGAUUUAAGUAAACAAUUAAAAAUGGUUGAUAGUUUUCAUCGUACGAGUUUUCAUUAUGGUAUAAUGGUAUUAAAACGAGUUAAUUAUGAUAAAAAAGAACUUGAUCGAAGACGUGAAGAAUCUUUAAAUGAAAAUCAAGAUGUGCUUAUGUGGACAAAUGAACGAAUUAUUCAAUGGUUAACAACAGUUAAUGGAUUAAAAGAAUAUGCUAAUAACUUAACUGAAACUGGUAUUCAUGGUGGCUUAGUUGCACUUGAUGAAACGUUUGAUCAUAAUACAUUAGCAUUAGCUUUACAAAUACCCAGUCAACAAACAAUGACACGUCAAAUUCUUGAAAGAGAAUUUCGUUUGUUAAUUGCCAACGGUACAGAUCGAAAAAUGGAUGAAAAUGAUCGAGCAAAAUUAAAACGACAUGCAUCAUUAUUUUCUCGAAAAUCGAAAUCAAAAACAAUCAAUGGUGAAAUCAUACAUACCAAUGAAGUUGAUUCAUCAAAUGUAACUCCUAAUGAUGAAAUUCAACAAUCAUUAAAUUAA